ACGCUUUCACCUCCCAGCCCAGCUACACAAGUUUCCCUUUCUUCUUCUUCUUCUUCUUCUUCUUCUCUCUCUCUCUCCAAUCGACGCGCUCUCGCACACACCAAGAAUCGUCGUCGUCGUCGUCAACAGGACGAGCUCCACAAACCCUAACCCAGCAAUUCGCCUCCCGAUUCGAGCUUCCAUGGACCGUCCGAUACCCUCCGCCCCUUCGGUUCCCUGAUGCCUCCCCCUCGGCGCUCUGCUGUAAACCCUUAGCGAUUUGCCGUUGGUUUAUUCCCCUCCGAUCGCCCCCGGAUUUCCGUCGCCGAUGGAGGGCCCCGCGGAGGACGCCGGAGCUCCCGAGUCGUGGGAGGUGGCCGAUUUGGACGAGUCCAUGAGGCGGCUGUUGCUCUCCUCCAAGGAGCCCAAUGUCCACGACCUCGGCGGCGACGGCGGCGGCGGCGGCGGCGGCGGCGGUGGGUCGGCCGCCUCGGCCCCGCCGCAUCAGGAGAAGGUCGCGGAGGAUGCUCUGGGCCAGGUUGAUCAGUUCCUCCGGGAGGCUCUUCAAAAUCCUCGGGAGAGGCUCUCCAUACUACGUAUGGAGCAAGAUGUGGAGAAAUUUAUUCGAGAUCCAAUGCAAAAGCAGAUGGAAUUUCAGCAGCUGCCUACAUCUUAUCUACGGCUGGCUGCGCACCGUGUUGCGCAGCAUUACGGUUUGCAGUCCAUGGUUCUGCUAGACACUAAUUUGCCUGAUGCCUCGAACUCCCGCAUCAUUGUUAGCAAGACAUCCGAGUGUAGGAUUUCCCCAAUACGAUUGGCAGACAUCCCAGUAAAUUUACCUUCUCAGGACACUGGUGUCAUGAAGGUUGCAAUUAAACAGAGACCCCAAAAGCGGUUUCCAAAUGCAAAUUCGGGUAACUCAAGUUCUAUGAAGUCAAACAGUUCCAAGAGUGUGGAGGAAAGAAAAGAGGAGUAUAAUAGGGCUCGUGCACGGAUUUUUAACUCUAACAACUUCAAUGCUGGAUUGGCUGGGAAACCAGAAAGCGGACCAAGAGAAACUGGACCAAGAGAAACCGGACCAAGAGAAACCGGACCAAGGUUUCAAGAUAAUUCCCAGCAUUGCUCCUUGGCUUUAUCCAAGAUGGAAGAGAAUGCUCUGCCAGGAGUCAAUGAAGCAAACAUUGUUAGGGGAUUGACUGACUCAUCUACAUCUAGCAGCGGAUCAGCUAGAAGCAGAGAAAAGGAACCUAUCGGUAGGCAGAAAUCCAACAAUCGGGUGGCUAUAUUUCGGGAUCGUGAGGUGGACCGGAAGGAUCCUGAUUAUGACAGGAGCUAUGACAGGUACAUGCAAAGAUUUGAUCCUGGAUUCGGGUUCCCUGGAGGGCCUUACACCGUGCAACCUAUGUAUACUCCAGCAAUAAAUUAUAACACAGAAUUUCCACAGCUUGGAUCUAGUCAUUGCCCUCAGGUUCCCGCAGAACAUCAGCCUCGGCCCCUACCUCAGCAUAUACCUGGGCCAUGGUCUGGAUCUUCUAGCGCUGUGGGGAUAGGGUAUGGGCAUCCAGACAUGAUUGCACCAUUCAGUCCAAACCAUGUCAGUGCACACUCAUCGUCUGCUUAUCUGCAUUCGUCGCAGUAUGCUUGUCAGCGACCUGGCAUGCCUUUUGUCCAUCCGAAUGAACAUGUUCAUCAACCCUUUACACAGUCUCACCACCAGCAACCUGAUGCAAGUUUUGGAUUAGCCCGGCCCCGAUGAGGGGCUCGGGCCAUGCCUGCAAUCCUGCUGGCCGGAACUUGAGCUUGAAACUGGGCAGGGCAUCAGGGCCCUACGUACAUUCAAGUGCAGGAUUGCAGGCAUAGAGAACCAAGGUGGAAUGGAGUGGACGAUCAUACAGGCAUCAGACAUUCAUCCGCUUCUCCAGCCUUGGUUGUAAUAGAGCUUCCAGUGUCUUUAAUGACUGGAAGCUUGGCAUUUCUUUCGGUCAUCGAGGUAUGGAUGUGUCACCUCGGAUCUUUGUGUUGCCCGUUGAUGUUGAUGGUGACGAUGACGGCGACGAAGAGAAUAAUGAUAUGGAGUGUAUGACCUGCAAAUCUAAGCUCUAGAUUCAGUCAAACUGACUUCACUGUGCCAAGAAGAGCCACUGGGUUGCUGGGCUGUCACUGGGUUGUAUCUCACUGGAACUGGAAGUAGAUGGCCAGAUUGGUCUUGGAAUGGCUGGUUCACUGUCAUCUCUUGGUGCCCUCACUUACCCCUUGUUUGUGGAAUUGCCGCAGAGAGCAUCGCAUUUUCUCUGAAUGCAGGUCAUGCAGUGUACCUUGUGGUCUGUACAAAAAUUGAUGGAUACCGUAUUUACUCAGUAUCUAGUUAAUUGCAGUGAGCUUUGCGAUACUCAGAAACUUUGAUGUUUUACGACAGUUUUAUGUUAGUCCUUAGAGACCGCUUAUUGUCAUGUACAUUUUCUUAUUCCACCUCAAAAGUUACUUCGUGCCGGUA